CGAUAUAUUUCAAAUUACAAAAAGACUAAUUUGAUUGUUCUUUAAUUUCUUUAUAUUUCAUGUAAUUUAUUAAGAAUCGAUUUAAUUGGAUUUAGAAGACGAUACUUAGAUAUAAAUAAAUAUAUAUUUAUAUGUAAAUAUCUUUCAUAAUAUCAAUCUUUGAUAAUACAUAUAUUUAUUAUCCAUCAUGCAAGGUCGAAAGUUUUCAAACACUGCAAUCGAGAGUUACGUCAUCUCGACUGAUUCGAUACAUUUUAAAUUAUGAAAGAACUACGUUAUUCGUUAGUUUUUAUUAUAUACUAAUUCGUUUGAUUUACUAAAAUUCAUUUUAAUCUUCAAGUAUUAACAUGCAAGAUUUAGUAAAAGAGAAAACUUUGUGAUUUAUGAAAUUUUGAACACUUGGUAUGAAAAACUUUGAACACUUCAGUAUAACAUAUUUAGUAGGGUAUGUAUGUGAUAUGAAGUGUUAUGUAAAACAUUUUGAAAUUUUAUUAGCACUAUGAUGAGACAAUCUUCGGCGUUUUUUGUUAUUACUCUUUAAUAUGCAAAUUAAGAGUAUUAUUUGAACAAUACAAAUGCCACAUUGAUCAAUUCCAUAAACUGAAUUAUGUAGAAAUUACUAUAAUUAGGUGUAUGAUGUUCUAGAAAAAUUACGACGUAAGAUUGAAAUCUAACUCGAAAAAAUGACAUGUCAUAUGAAUUAACCUAGUAUGUACAUUGUUAGAUUCGGUUCAAACUUUACCAAUAUAAUCACGACAGUUGUGUUUCAUUAUAGUAACGAAAUUUCAAAUUGUUUUGUAUAAUAUACGCAUAAAAUGUCUUUAAAAGUGUUUGUGCACUUUCGUGAGUCACUGUAACACUCAAGAAUUAUAUUCAUGAUUAUAUUUGCAAAAAGUUUAUAUAGAUGUUUACAUACUUUACUGAGCCACUGUGAGAUUACAAAAAACUCCAUCUACUUGACGUAUCUUCGUAUUGCCCGCGGCAUGACAGUGUUAGAAACGUGUCUGUGCUAGGGUUAAAAGAAAAGGACCUAACCUCUAUUGGUCACCGUAAACUAUUGUUACAAGAUCAACCAAUAGGAAACGAUGUUGUUCACGCGGAGAGAAAUAAUGCAGAAGUUGGGGGAACAGUCUACUGUGGCAAUUGUAUGGUAACUGACAGUUCAGUGGAAAAUAUCGUGUAUGUAGGUGCAUGUCAUUAUUCAGAUCGAAAAAUUACGGUUUAAUCGAAAAUGUCAUCUCCUGCACAAGUGUUAAAAAGUGUCGGCCCAAAGCUAGUCCCAUUCUUUAAAAGCGUGUCCGUGUAUUUUAUAUUACUGGCCGAGCAGCCGUCCCUGCUGACGGCAUGUUUCAAGUGUUUGCCAAUUAUAAGUCUUAUCGUCUUUGUUCUUCUACAUGGAAUUAGUUUAUCGCAGGAAUACAGAUUCUCCAGACGAAUAUUGACAGGGUUGAUAUUCAGUUGCAUAGGAGAUGCGCUAUUGGUUUGGCCUAGUUGUUUCACGCCAGGGAUGUGCAUGUUUGCCCUGGCCCAAAUCAUGUAUAUCAGUGCAUUCGGUUUUAUACCGCUUAACAUAAUGUUAGGUACAAUUUUAUACGCGUUGUGUUCGCUAGUCAUAUACGCUUUAAUGCCUGGUCUGAAUGGAAUUCUGGUGAUUGGGGUUCCUGUUUACACGGUGUUACUAACCACCAUGGCGUGGAGGGCAAUCUCUAGAGUGGAAUUUUACAAAGUACAGAGAAAAGAGCUAUGGACGUGGACUAAAUUAUGCAGCUGCAUUGGUAGUAUAUGUUUCCUCAUAUCUGAUACGCUGCUCGGAUUUCACUAUUUUCAUACUCCACUACCUUAUUCUCAGUAUUUUUCAGAUUUCUAUAAUGUUAACGUACUAUGCGGCUCAAUUGGGAAUAGCUUUGAGCGCAGUUGGUUCUAAAAAUAGCAACAACAACAAUAAUAAUAACGUUAGCAAUGAUAAAACUGACACAGCCUUGGUCAAGGGUUAAGAGAGAAUUUCCUCUUCUGUUUAUAGACUAUAAAUAUUAUGAAUUACAUUAUACUGCUCGAAAUAAUUCGAAACAUAGGCACGAAUGAAAAUACUCUAAGAUAUUAGGAAAGUUUAGUUUCCACAGCGUUGAUAACUGUCGAUAUAUAGAUAAUAAUCUAGCUAUUUUGAGCAGUAUAUUACGACUAGAGACCACAUAGAUCAGUUUAGCGUAAUCGUUGUUUUGAAAUAGGUACAAUGCACCUCGUUAAAGGAUUUAUGAUAAUCGUAAAUCUAGAAAUCAUAAACACUGCCACUUUCCUAAGGCAAGGAUUUUUACCUGAUCAUUCAAUGAUUCAUUGUAGUCGAUAUUUAUUGCAUUUAACGAUCGUCUGAUGAACGUUAUUCAUUCCCUUUCUCUCCGACGUGAACGUCGAAUCGAAAGAAAGAUAUACAUAUAUACUUGAAAUGCUGUGAAUUAUUAAGUAUAAUCGUAUAAUGUUAUUUAGCGACAAUUAGGAUGCUCUUUGUGAUUGCAAGAAUUCUUUUUAGUCCUAUUAAUACUACAUAUAUGCUCAACGUAUAAUGUUUACUCAGACUUUCACGUUCGUUUAUACCGUUAUGAACGUUGAAUAUUAAUAGAGACGAAAAAUUUCAAUGUUUCUAUAUAAUUGUCAACUCGAAACGAACUUCUCGAGUAAAAUAUUCGCAAAGAUGUUGAUACGCGCAGUUUGUAUAUCAUUUCGUGAUACAUAUUACGAACCAAAAUGUAUUUCUUUGUACAGUAGUGAGUAAAAAUGCUAAAUAUCUCAAGAAUAGUUGAAUGUUAGUUAAAAGUGUACAGAUAGAACGACUUACUUUUACUAAAGUGAAUAAUGAAAUUCUACAUGUUUUGGUACUGUUCUCUCGUUUCGAAUAAUAAUAUAAAAGAGAAAGAAGAAAAUUGUUUGAGGAUUUUAAAAACCUUUAGCAAUUAUUCUUGUAGUUGAAUUUCUACUACUAAAACUGGAAACUUCACGUAAGAAUAUAAUAUAUCAUAUAUUAUUUUACUAUUGCAUUUACCAUUAUUAUUAUAAAUAUUAGACAAUAGUAUUGCAUUUAUUCUAAUUAUGAUAGAUACCAAGUAGAAUAUUGACUCGAACAACUAAAAUAUUAUUUUUUCAAAGAAACUAUCUUUUAUAUAUCUAUGCCGAAGGAGAAGUACGAUUUUCCCUUCGGACAAAAAUGCGCAUUUUAUAUCUUAGACAUUGUAAUAAUUGACUAGUACACGUUCACUCAUAGAUCUCGAUGACAUAUCACUUAAUAUUAAUGAUUGAACUAAUCAUAUUCAAACCGUAAAAGAACCUGAAUUUCUUAGUAGGUAUAAUUAGAGCUGAGUAAAAAUGAACUUGAUUAAAAAAACGAAAAAGAAUAAAUUUCAAAUAAAACAACUGAGGUAUGAAUGAGAUUUUUGUUAAAAUUGAAAUAAUGUUAACAUUUAUUAUUA